CAUAAAAUCGUGCUGGGUAUAUUCUCUCCACGUCAAGUAGCUGCUGCGCGUCUAUCGACGUGACUCACCUUCCCCCAAAUUCCCCCAAAUCUGCUGUGCAUUCUCGAAUUCCGAUCGUCUCCUCCGCCUCUGCCGCCGCCGCCGACGUCGCCGCCGCCGUACCCGAGCAAUUCAAUCGCUCUCCGAAAUUGAGUGACCCUGAUUGUGCACUUCUGUUGACUAUUCACGCGAUCCGCAGAAACAAAAAUCCGAUCCGAUCUGAUCUAGGGGCGCGGCGAGGCGAUGACGAGCGUUGAUGCUGCUGCAACACUACGUUCUUCGGUUUCGCCUGCGAAUCUUCCUCUCGUCUCCGCCUUGCUGGCCUGUGCCAUCGCUCAGUUUCUCAAGCCUUUUACUACCUGGUUGAAGGAUAAGAAAUGGGAUUCUAGGAGGAUGCUCAGCUCAGGUGGAAUGCCUUCGUCACAUUCAGCAACAGUUACUGCUCUUGCAACUACAAUUGGCUUGCAAGAGGGAACAGGAUCAUCAGCAUUUUCCAUUGCAGUGGUCUUGGCAUGUGUUGUAAUGUAUGAUGCUACUGGCAUCAGAUUGCAUGCUGGUCGGCAAGCUGAGUUAUUAAAUCAAAUAGUUUGUGAGUUGCCUCCUGAGCAUCCUGUUGCUAAUGUUAGACCCCUUCGAGAUUCAUUGGGCCAUACUCCACUACAGGUAGCUGCCGGCGCAUUGCUGGGAUGCCUUGUAGCCAUUCUAUUGAGAUGUUCAGCUUAAAACCUCCGACCCACCGAGCUGCUUCCGGACGCACACAGUCUUGAAAAUGCAAAAUCUGUAGACAAAAAAGUACGCAUAAAUUGUUUAAAAUCAACAACAUACAUGCAUUGUGAUUUGCGUAAAAGCUAUUAUUGAACAUGACAAAAUGAUUGAAUGCCCUCGCUCCAUUUUAUGUGUAAGCCCUGUAAAAUACCUCUAGAAACAUUUCUUUAACUGUUAUUAAACAUUUGUGAAUCUUAGAUUCUCAUCAAUCUUUCAUGGAUAAAUCGGAAAAAAAAAAAAAAAAAAAAAGUGCAUAAACUUUAGCAUAUGAGUGGUACUCUUAGCUGUAUGUGAGUUGCCUUUCUUCUUUUUGUAUGAUUUUGAGAAUAUGUAGUGCUGCGUUGUCAAAAUCUCGAGAUUAUAUGCUUGCUUGGCUUUUAGACGUACAGCUGUUAUGCGAGUCGAGUUGUUAAGCUUGAAUUGCUAUUCGAUUGUUAUAAUGAGUUGAGGAUGAAGUAUUCGAAUCA